CACAGGAAACUCUGAGCUGGGUACAGUCUCGCGACACACGUGUAGAUAGCUGUCAUUUGUUGCGGCAAAAAAGAAAUUUUUAUUCGUCCAGAUUGUAAACAAAGUGGUUUGAUCGUUUUAAAUUCUUGGAAUUGAGGAAAAUCAGUUGAAAAUGGAUGAUGAACGAAUUAAAGUGGGUCAUUUUGUCAUAAUUCAACGGCAAAAAUACACAAAACUCUUCAGAUUUAACAGUUUGACGGCUCAAACCGGCUUGGGCAAAGAUCAAGUAAAAUUAAAAAAUAUCGAUGGACAUCCUUAUUCAACCACAUUUAAAAUGGUGCCCAAUACCGAAUUUGGGAAGCGAUUCAUCGAACUGGAGCCAUGCACGGACUUUAGCAGCUUAAGAGAAUCGCUUAACAUCACCGAAAGCGGUACAGACAAUCGAAAUUUGGUCCAGGACUCCGAUACACAAGCACUGAAACAAGACGAUAUUGCGAAGCUACGCGAAUCGGGAUCCAGCAUUUCGGAAAUUGUUGGCACGAUCAUUGAGAAUUCCAAAACAUUCACCAGCAAAACGGAAUAUUCACAGGAGAAGUACUUGAAGAAGAAGGAGAAGAAGUAUUUUGACCUACUUCAAAUCCGUCGUCCAACUUUGCGACUAAUCGCUGACAUAAUGUACCGCCAAGAUCCGGAAAAGAUCCUUGGUCUUCGUGUUGACUCUCUAUCGCAGUUGAUUGCGUUUUCCAACAUCUGCGCAACGGGUAACUUUUUGCUAUACGAAUCAGGCACGAAUGGUUUGGUGCCAGCGGCUCUAUUGAAUUCGAUCGGAGCAAAUACGGAAGGAAAGCUUCUUCACUUGCACCAAGGCAAUGUGCCACAAAAACAGGCGCUGCAAGCGUUGAAUUUGGAGCAAGAGCAUCUGGAUCGAUGCAUCUCGGUGAAUAUCUAUUCGUUAUUGCGACAGUAUUAUCAAGGGAGUGGCGGUGGCAAGCGAAAACUUGACGAAGUUAUUGAUGAUCCAACCGAUCCGCCGCCGGCAAAAGUAUCAAAAACUGACGAUGCAGCGACUGAUGUGGAAAUGGAAUCAAUUGAUACAGAUAAAAAUGAUGCAGACGUUAAAAAUGACGAAAAUGAUGCCGAAUCAAAGGCUAAGAAUGGAGACAAGCAACCAAAAUGGGUAUUCGAAAACGAACGUGGCUGUGAACUACUGCGAGAAAACUUGGACGCUCUGAUAAUUGUGGCCAAGGAACAUCCAAUUACGAUUGUGAAUGCACUAAUACAAUUCGUUAAGCCGGGCCGUCCGGUUGUGAUUUUCAAUUUGUCACGCGAAAUUCUCGUUGAAACAUUCAUUGAUUUAAAGAGCAGUAACAAAGUAACCGGACUGAAAUUGUCAUCGAAUUGGCUUCGCAACUAUCAAAUACUUCCAAAUCGUACGCAUCCCGAUGUCAACAUGAACGGAAACAGCGGUUUCAUCUUGCACGGCUACAUAAUUCGAUAAGAAUGAAAAUAAUUCUCAAUGAUGAUAUGAUUUCAGUUCAUUUAUUAUGAAUGUUUUUUUUUUCUUCUGAAAAUAUAUUUACAUUUUAUUUUCUUGAAUUUA